AUGGGCAAGAAACAAACAAGUCCGGCCUAUGUUCUCGGCGUGGGCAUGACCAAGUUCAUCAAGCCCCGAGGCAAGGUCGACUACCAUGAAAUGGGAUUCGAAGCUGGUGUCAAGGCCAUGCUUGACGCGCAGAUCACAUACGACGAUGUCGAGCAAGGAGUCGCCUGUUACGUGUACGGAGACAGCACUUGCGGCCAGCGAGUCUUCUACCAGUUCGGCUUGACCAAGAUCCCCAUCUACAACGUGAACAACAACUGUUCUACCGGUUCUUCUGGACUGGCUCUGGCCCGCACCAUGGUAUCGAACGGUGCAGCUGACUGUGUUCUCGUCGUCGGGUUUGAGAAGAUGAGCCCGGGAAGUCUGCAGUCAUAUUUCAACGACAGAGAAAACCCGACCGGAUUGUUUGGAAUGAUGAUGGCCGAAACCCGGGGCGUGACGAAUGCUCCAGGUGCUGCUCAGAUGUUUGGAAAUGCUGGCCGCGAAUACAUGGAGAAGUACGGAGCCAAGGGAGAAGACUUUGCCGAAAUUGCGCGCGUUAACCACGAACACUCGAAACGCAACCCUUACUCGCAGUUCCAGGACGAAUACUCACUUGAGCAAAUUCUCAAAGCUCCCAUGAUCCACGAGCCCCUCACAAAACUGCAGUGCUGCCCGACCUCGGAUGGCGCUGCCGCCGCAGUCGUGGUGUCUCAGGCGUUCCUUGACGCCCGCCCUCAUUUGAAAGAACGGGCCAUUCUCAUUGCUGGCCAAACCAUGGCUACUGAUGACGUGUCUGUAUACGACCGCAGCGCCAUUGAUCUUAUGGGCUUCCAAAUGACUCGCCAUGCCACGCGAACGGCUGCCGAGGAAGCCGGUGUGAAUGUCAAGGAUAUCAAGGUGUGCGAACUGCACGACUGCUUCUCGGCCAACGAAAUGAUCACCAUCGAUGCCCUUGAACUGUCGGAGCCGGGCAAGGCUCAUGAGAUGGUGCGCAAGGGCGACAUUACCUAUGGCGGAAAAAUGGUCAUCAACCCUUCUGGAGGUUUGAUCUCCAAGGGCCACCCAUUGGGGGCGACUGGCAUUGCUCAGUGCUCAGAACUAGUCUGGCACCUGCGUGGCUGGGCCAACAACCGUCUUAUCAAGGGUACCUCGUCAGCUCUGCAGCACAACCUGGGCUUGGGCGGUGCUGUUGUGGUCACUAUAUACAAGCGCGCCGAUGGCAAAGAGGCAACGCCAGUUUCUUCCGAGGAGAUUGCCAGAAUCACUGGAUUAGGAUACAACCCAGCCGUUGAGGCUCGGGGCUUUACAGCAGAGCAAGCCAAGUCUGUUCUGACAUAUGCAUACAUGAUGGAUUUGGAUAUUACAACAGCGAGUAAUGAAGAGUUGAUCGAUUUCUGUAUUCAGAGAGGAAAGGAAGGUGCUGUGUUUGCCGACGUUAUAGGCGCAAUAGUGGUCAAAGUCAGCCCUACCAUCGCCGUCAAAUGGGGAUAUAGUGUGACUGCUGCCGAAGCAGCGAUGCAAGAAUUCGCUUAUAAGAAUGUGGACCAUGAAAUUGUACGAGUACCUCGGGUUUAUCGUUUUGUCCAAGAUGAAUUAGGAAGAGAGUUUCUAUUUAUGGACUACGCCCCCGGCCAGAAAUUAUCGGAUUUAGACCUCUCAAUUCACAUAGAUAUUAUACCCCGCAUCACCAAUAUCAUUGCUCACCUCGGGCAGAUAAAACAUGGACAAAGGCCAGGUCCAAUCGGUGAACGGGGUCCGCAGGGGUAUCUCUGGGGUGACGAUGGCGUGGAUAAGGCCUUUGUCUCUGUUGCACAUUUGAAUCGUUAUCUCAACAGGCGUCUAUCUUUGAGAAAUGAUUCUAUUGACUUAAGUCCAUAUCCACUCGUUCUCUGUCAUAUGGAUUUUGUUCGUCGCAACAUGAUACUUGGAGAAGACAGGAAAUCCAUCUAUCUUCUCGAUUGGGCCCAUGCUGGAUUUUAUCCGCGGUUUUAUGAACUUGCGGCGCUUCCGUGCAUGAGUCCCUACGAUGAACCCUACGAGAAGCCGCUUAUAGCAGCUGUGGAAUCAAUGAUGCAGUUGUCUGAUAAUGAAAAGCGCGAUCUGAAACUGGUCUAA